GCAGGAAGAGAUGUCGACUAACCGUCUUCCAGGUAAAUAUUCAACAGAGGAUGCUAGCAAUCCCCAUGUCUGACACGACAAAAGGACAACAACUCCCGAGUAACCGGAGCAAAGAUGAAACAACAUGCUUUAUCGAAGGCAUUAAGACUUCCGACUGAGAGCCUGUAGCCAUGGAUGGCAACAACACCUUCCCCAGCUUUGUGGAUUUGGAUGACUUUCUUACAAAACACAACUCCAACUUUAUCUGGCUCCUCGUAGCCACCAUUCUAUCCUGUGGAUGGAUCAUCUAUUUAACUUAUUACAACUCCCGCAACAUUGGGCUCAUCCUCACUCUCAUCAUCAACAGACUCUACAAAGAUGGCUACAUUCAUAUUGGCUCGUUCUCCUUCUCUGUGCUGUCAGGGAAAGUCAUGUUCAGAGAUGUCUACUACAUCAACCAAGACAUGUCUAUCAGGAUACAGGAUGGCUUCCUUAUAUUUCGUUGGUGGAAAAUGUAUAACCCAAAACAGAAACAGCAUGACCCCAAGGCAGAGACCAGGCUUUACGUGACAGUAAACGGCUUUGAGUUUCACGUCUACAAUCGGACCGACCUCUAUGCCCGCCUGCAGGAGACCUUUGGCCUGGAGCCCACACUAAUAACACCCAAAAAAGAUGAAGAGCGGGGACGGGAGGAGCGAAGCAAGACCCUUGAUAGUGUGAACAUCAAAGCAGAGAGUCCAGACCCCACGUCAUCUUGGCGCUCUCUCAUUCCUGUCAUCAAAGUGAACAUCAGCACAGGCCGUUUGGCAUUUGGGAACCACUACCUCCCCCAGACUCUGUGUGUGAACUUUGAAGAUGCCUUCCUGACGUACGCUACCAAGCCACCGUCCAGCCACCUGGACCAAUUCAUGCACAUCGUCAAAGGCUCACUGGAAAAUGUGCGCGUCAUGCUGGUUCCCAGUCCCCGCUACCUGGGCAUGCAGAAUGACGAACCUCCAAGGCUGAUGGGCGAAGGCUUUGUGGUCAUGCAAUCCAAUGAUGUAGACAUCUACUAUUACCAGGAUGAACCCGGUCUGGUCCCUGUGGAGCAGGAGAGUGGAGAGGAGGCUGAGACGUGCAGUGAGGAGGAUAAGCUGCAGGACUUGCCUCCAUGUUGGGGUCUAGAUAUCGUCUGUGGUAAAGGAACUGAUUUCAACUAUGGGCCGUGGGCAGACCGUCAGAGGGACUGUCUGUGGAAGUUUUUCCUGCCAGCUGAUUUCCAAGACAUGAAGGUGACGGAGGUUGCACAGCCUGGAAAACCCCGGCAGAUCCAGGCCUUCGAGCUGCGAAUGAACAUCAUUGCUGAUGCUACCAUCGAUCUGCUUUUUACCAAAAACAGGGAAACCAAUGCUAUUCAUGUGAAUGUAGGUGCUGGCUCUUACCUCGAGGUCAACAUACCUAUGACUGUAGGAGAGAAUGGCUACUCCCCCACCAUCAAAGGUCAGCUGCUUCAUGUGGACACGACCAGUAGCAUGCAGUACAGAACUCUACUAGAGGCUGAGAUGCUGGCUUUCCAUGUGAUAGCGAGCUAUCCUCGUGUGUGGAACAUGUCUCAGUCAUGGCAGUGUGAGAUUGAGGUCUACAAAGCCACCUACCACUUCAUCUACGCUCAGAAAAACUUUUUCACUGAUUUGAUCCAAGACUGGGCAAGUGACAGUGCCCCUGAUAUUUAUUCCUUCGUACCCUAUUCCUGGAAGUUUAAGAUUCUUUUCCACCAGUUUGAGAUGAUCUGGGCAGCAAACCAGCAUAACUGGAUUGAUUGUUCCACCAAGCAGCAAGAGAAUGUGUACCUGGCUGCAUGCGGCGAGACACUUAAUAUAGACUUCACUUUGCCUUUCAAUGAGUUUGUCCCCACCACCUGCCACACCCGCUUCAGCUUGAAGGCGGAGGACACGGAUAUGCGCCUCUCUCUACCAGAGUGCCACCCGAGCCGCUAUCCUCUCCUCACCCUGGCCAAAGACUAUCAGAAUGUCAAGUUGCCCCCAGAUAUGUUCAUGCCAGGGGAGAAUCAAGGUGCUCCCCCUCCCAAACCUACCAAGUCCCGCUGGAGGAACAUCACCCACGCAGAAGCUGGCUGGGUGGAUUGUUGGAGUGUACCCAACUUCUUGCUCAUCAUUGACUAUACCUGGCACCCCAUUUAUCCCCAAAAGGCCGAUGAGCAGCUCAAGCAGUCAUUGUCUGAAAUGGAGGAAUCCAUGCUGUCAGCUCUGCGGCCCCCAGAGCACUCUUCUGUCCCCCAUAAUGCCACACCACGCUACACCUCCACAUCUGCCUCGGCAGCCCACAGCCGUGUGCCCACUGACCCCUCAGAGCUGCCUCCUGACAGGCUUCAUGUGGAGAUGGAAAUGUCCCCAGACUCUCAAAUCCUCCUGUAUGGGCCUAUGCUCCGAGCACUGAUCUCCAUCAAGGAGAAUUAUUUUGGUGAGGAUGACAUGUACACAGACUUUGAGGAGGCAGUGUCCAGCCCUGUGUUGUCCGCCUCCACCUCCUCAGGCCUUGGUUGGUCUCCUCUGGGUAUGGAGGACAGCGAACAUAAGGAAACCUCUGACAUCCAUCCCCUGGACCUGCGGCCCUGGGACAUCACUGUGCUCAUUAACCUCUACAAAGUCCACGGUCGACUGCCAAUGCACUGCAGCAGCGAGGGUCCUGAAGGGCCAUCCGGCUUCUUGGAGCGUCUGUGCUUUGAGAUGAAGAAGGGUUACAAGGAGACCAUGCUUCAGCUGCUCCUGUCUCCUGCUCAUAUCUUUGUCAGUGACAACUACCAGCGUCCCACAGCAGACGGGGUGUUGAGGGAUGGCCACUUGAGCCUCUCCGGGCUGCAGAUGAGGGCCCACGCCAUGUUCUCUGCUCAGGGCCUUCCUCUGGGCAGUGACACUUUGGAGUAUGCCUGGCUCAUUGACAUGCAGGCCGGAGGGUUGACUGGCAGGGUCACUGUUCCACAGGUGGCCAGUAUGAUAGAGUGGGGUGAGACAUUCGUUUUCCAUGUGGUGUCCCGAGAGUUCCAGCUCGAUCAACCCAAGCCCUCUGUCAUCUGCCAGCAUGGUGUUGAUCGACGCAUCUGUGAUGCCAAGCUAACCUGUCUACCAGGUCACUGUCGCACUUCAGAGGAGCUCAAGUACACUAUGACCCGAUUGGCGAUGGAUGGUGUGGACCUGUUCAUAGUUGAACAUGGCUGUGCUGCAAAUGUUAAGACCAGCAUUAUUCGUGUGGCAAACUGCAACCUGCACAAUCAGGCAGUAGGAGAGGGCAUCAGCGCUGUGGUGCAGGAUGUAAAUAUCCGGCAGUACAUUGAACAGCAACAGCACAACGAAGCAGCCAGGCUGCAGCCGACCGGACAGAGUCAAGGUCCAGGUCAGCCAUUAGGUCUCGGUCAGCCCACUUUGCUGCGACGUUCUGUCUGGCUGGAGGCGGGUUCAGUCAACCUGAACCUCAUCACAGCAGACAUUGCCCUGGCCGCUGACCACCCAGCCAAAUGUGAAGUCCAAAGGCAUUUUUUGGAACUACACGACGCUCAGACCAAAAGAUUGUGGUUUCUGUGGCCAGAAGAGGCUACCAUUCGCAACAAGCGCAGCAGGAACCGUUGUGGCUGCCUCGGAGGCUGCAGGUUCUUUGGAGGUACCAACAUGGGCCUGGACUUCUUCAAGCUGGAAGAGCUGACACCGUCCUCUUCAUCUGCGUUCUCGUCCUCCAGCACUGAGUCAGACAUGUGUUAUGGGCAGUCCCUUCUGCAGCCUGGGGAGUGGAUCAUUACCAAGGAAACACCCAAAGUGGAUGGGAGGGUUGUCGGACUGAAGACAGACACACAUUCUCCGUGUCUGCCUCCUGAGCUUCCCGAGAGACGAGGCCAGCAGCACCUUAACCUUCAGGUCCCACAGCGCUCCCACAGCUCUGCAUCCUCCUCUGAAGAAAAUAGUUCCUCGAGUGCUGCAUUGCCCCUGUUGGCUGGAGAGAGGGACACCCCCUCGCCUAGCAUCGAGGAGCGCAUGUUCACCAUGAAUGGCAAAAGCCCAGCUGACACCCUUGGAGAAGUCCCAGAAGUGUCACCCGUGUCGCCUAAUAGCUCCCAGGAGCGUUCCUCAGUGCGCUCGCCCCUCUGCUCUCCUCUCAAGCGCCAGUCCUCAGUGCACUCAGGUCGUUUGGGAAGUACCAAGAGUCUAUCUGCAGCCGUCUUCACAGACAAGCCACCUCCUGUGCUGUCCGGAGGCGUCCAGUUCAGCAGCGAGGUGUCCCGCAGUGAUGAGAAUGUCCUGGAUUCACCACGUCAGCGUAGGAGCUAUGGCUCCUUUCCCUUCACACCAUCAGCAGAUUCCAACACCUUCCAUCAGUACCGCUCUGCAGACUCCAGCAUGUCUGUGGCGGACAGUGAAGCCUACUUUUCUGCUGCUGAGGACUUUGAGCCAAUCAGCAGUGCGGAUGAGGGUCCAGGAACAUACCCUGGACGGAAAAAGAAGAGGAGACAGCAAAUGCAGCAGCCACAGCAGCCCCCGUAUCACAUGGAGAACUACAGUCGAAGUUCCAUCUACCACAGUGUUGAGGGACCCCUCACCUAUGUCCUCAACGGGGAGCUGAUCACUGAGCCACGUCCUCUGCCCCUGCCUCCGUUGCCCCCUCUGCCAUCCCAGCCUUUGCCCAGCCACACGUCCCAGGCCUCCUUCGUCUCAGCCCUGGCUAUGGAGGAGGAGAGCUCCGUGGAGGCAGAGAAGACAGCCGAACCUGGCCCUGUAACUCGACAACCCCAUGUCAUGGCGUGCUACCAAAGCUACCUGGCCCACUACCAGGUGUCAAAUUGGUCUGUCAAGCAGCCCACCAACAAAAGAACCUCCAAGUCCUCUUUGCACCGCCCCUUAGAUCUGGACACGCCCACCAGCGAGGAGAGCUCCGCCUCAUUCGACCAACUCUCUGUUCCCAGCUUUAAGGUCAUAAAGCAGGGCCUUUCAGCCAGCUCUCUGUUAGACAGAGGAGUUCAACUCAUGGGAGAGAACAACAGCACACCUUACACUCCCCUCGAUAAAAGGGCCAUGGAGAACACAGAUGAGGAUACAACAACGGAUGACUGGACUCUGGAGCAGCCUUUAGCUCAGACCAGGACCACAGCUAUCGUAGAAGUGAAGGGGGCCAUCAAUGUGGUGCUCACACCUCUUGUGGCUGAAUCGUUGGACAGGUACAUUGAGUCCAUGGUUCACUUUGCCAGUAUUCGACACCCUGCAGCCAUUCUGGAUGACCUGCAUGGCAAAGUCCUCAAUGAAGCCUAUCAGAUAAGCAAGUCCACUGUUACAGAGUCUAGCCAAACAGGCAAGCAGGAGCACAAGCUGUCCAAGACAGAGGGCGCGACCCCUGGAUCCCUCAGCAUCUCCCAAGGCCAGACAGACCUGUCUGUCAAACCGGAUAAUGUGAAAAUCAAGGGCCUCCAAGCCAAUGUCUCCAUCCCUAAGGUAAACCUUUGUCUCCUUCAAGCCUCUGUAGAGGAGGGGUCACCGUCUUGCUCCAGUAAAUGUGUCACACAUGUGUCUCUAGUGGCACUGUGCUUUGACAGGAUUGCAACCCAGUUCAGAAUGAACAGGGGCAUUGUAGAAGAGACGCCCAACACCGCAGAACAUGGUCGUCCCUCUGUCAUGCUGGAAAAGUACGCCUCGGCCACUAAGAUGCAGCCUCAGUCAUCUGGUUCUUUACGCUCAAACGCAGGCAUUGAGAAGGGCAAAGAGAUCGCUGCUAGACUCAACAUCCACCGUAUUCACAGCCAGCUCCGAGGCCUCGACUCCACAGACAUCGGCACAUGUGCCAUUACAGCCAUCCCUUUUGAGAAAUCAAAAGUGCUGUUUGGUCUAGAGGAAAUGGAGGAGUUCUCCCUGGUAGAUGAGACAGAUGCGCAGGCAGCUGCAGGUGAUCUGGGCCGGUCCAUGACUUCUCUUGAGAAAUGGGGCUGGAUAAUGUUUGAAUGCGGCAUCGAGAAUCUCACGGUUAAAGGGGGUCGUCAAUCAGGAGCCAUUCUGUACAAUGCAUUUGGUGUGAUGGGUCGCUCAGACACAGGAGGGAAGACGGGAAUGUCUAAGUCCAAUGGAUCCACAGGCUCUCAGACUGGCAGCGGCUACAGCACAGAUGUUUCCGAUGACAACUUACCGCAUGACACCAUCAGUCCUGCCUCAGAUGUCAACGAACACUCGGACUCAGAUGACCAGGAUGAAGGGGUUGAAUCAGAUGAUCUCAAAAAAGACCUCCCUCUCAUGCCCCCACCACCUGACUCCAGCAGUAUGAAAGUGACCAUCAGAGAAAUCUGGUUUAGUUUUGCUGCUCCAACUAAUGUGCGCUCACCUUCGCAGGCCAUCUCCAGGCAGUUGAAUCUACUGAGCACAGCCACACCUGCAAUUGGUGCAUGGCUGGUUCCCAUAGACCAACUCAAGUCUUCCCUGCGCAAACUGGACAUGGAAGGCACGCUACGAGUGUGUGCCGUUAUGGGCUGCAUCAUGACAGAAGCGUUGGAGAAAAAGAGCAUUCACAUCCCAAUCCGAAGCAAAUACAACCGUGUGACCAAACGAGCUCGCUAUCUGCACGAGAAUCCUUCCUGUAUGCUGUGUAACAUCCUGCACCGCUAUCUGCAGCAGGCAGACUACUCGGUCAUAGAGGAGGCUACUAUGAAUGAUGGGGUUCCUGCAUUAGUGACUCUAAAGAAAGGUCUGGUCGCUUUGGCAAGGCAAUGGAUGAAAUUUAUCGUGGUAACUCAGGGCUUCAAGGCUAUUGGGUUGAUGAGGCCCAAUCAGCUUGCCAAACCUAAGGAGCCUCAGCAGAGUCUGGGUGACACAAUUCUGGGCCUGGACAACGGAGCAGCCCUGCAGAGUGACACCAGCGCUGAUGGAGCUGAAUUUGAAUUUGACGCAGCCACAGUGAGUGAACACACCAUGUUGCUGGAGGGAGCAUGCAGUCGCCCCCCACCAAAAGAAGCAAACUCUGGUCCUGUCAGCGGAGUGGAGAUCAUGAGGAAGCUGUCCAAGUCCCACACACACAGCGAGUCUGCGCUCAGGAUAAAGGGCUCACAUCCCUACCAGUCGCUGAGCUACACCAGCGGUGACACAGCAGCUGACUCACCUGCCCAUGUGAGUCGUGCCGGCCUGCCAGCCAAGGACAGCCCCAGGAAGGAGAGUCUCCUGAGCAAUCUGACAGGCAGCUUCAGGAGCCUGCACAACCUCCUGGAGGGUACGCCCCAGAGGAAUGAGCCGUCUGCCACCACUGCAGCCAAGAGCAGCUCCCUCACUCGCACAGGAAACAGCCUUGGGACAGACAUGCUGACAGAACACCCACUACUGUCUGAGCCCUCCUCGGUCAGCUUUUAUAACUGGAUGUCCAAUGCUGUGGGCAACAGGACUGGGGCUGGAACCCAGGACUCCCCGGUCAACCGCUCCCAGCACAACAGCCUGCAGACAGACCCAGUGGAUUCUCAUGACAACCACUACCACUACCACCCACUGCCAACACAUAACAGCCCAGGACGAGGUGGGACGUGUAACCUUCCCACCAUUCCCUCAGCAUCAGACUUCAAUACAGUUCUGUCCAGUGAUCAAAACACACUGGAUGGAACCCACUCCCAGCAUUCCCAACAUAGCACCAGCCAGGAUGACAUGGCCGACAUUGAGGAGGGCAAUCAAUGCCCUGCUGCAGUUCAGCUGGCCGACGCUCAGGUUGUUUUCAAGCCUCUGCUGAGCUACACAGGCAUCCAGGCCCAGGACACAACACCUUUAAGUUACAAAAUGUAUUUCGGGGAGCACCUGUCUUUCUCUGGGAAUCUUGAGUGUCUCAGAGCAGACAUUGUUGACUCUGAUACCACCAAAGAGCGCAAAAACAAAAGAUCCAGGAGACAAGGCAUGGUGAACCUCCCUCCGCUGGAGUUCAAGCCAGCGCUGCUGAUUGAGACGUUCAGCCUUAAUGCAGUAGUGAUGGAGAAGUCAACCAGUGCUCCGCAGGGCCCCACUGCAGCCCCACUUUCCUUCCAUGACCUCAACCGCCGCCACUACAACACAUUCCAUUGUGAUUUCACCACAGCUUGCCAGGCCAUCAGUCAACGCGUCGACAUGGCUUUGGUGCGUCUUAUUCACCAGUUCAGCACCAUGAUUGACGACAUCAAGGCAACACAGACCGAUAUCAAGCUAAGUCGCUACACUGCUGGCUCCGCCUCCCCGACACCCACCUUCAAGGCUAGACCCUACCGCCACUUCAGGUCAUCAGACUUCAGCCGCAGUUCCCGGGGAAGCCUGAACGGGGGCGGUCGCAGCGCAACACAGACCUUGAAGAGCAAGAGAGGGGUGGGUGGAGGGGGUGGCACGGGUGCAGGAGGAGCAGGCAUUAGUGGGGGUUUGCCUCCUAACGGACCUCCAUCAGGAAUGGACACGCUGGGGAGAAGGGAACCUAGGGCGCGCAGUUCUCUUGGACGGUCAGAGCGACGCACUUCUAAGGUGUCAAGAAAGGGCUCCCGUGACGUGGCCGACCACAUGGCAAUCCAGAUGGAUGACUCCGACUCCAUCACAGUGUCAGAGCAGAGUGAGCCAUCAGCAGAAUGUUGGCAGAACAUGUACAAGCUGCUUAACUUCUACUCUCUCAUCUCUGAUCCCACUGGAAUCCUGGAGAAAAGCUCCCCAGAGAAUUGCCUUUCAGAGGGUGGACGUCGACCUUCAGAACCGCUCUGUAAAGUCAUUUUUGAGAAUGAGCAACAGGAACCCACCACACCCAAUAAACCUGCAGGAGCAGGAGGAAGGAGGCGAAGUCUGGUGAGCUCUGAACCGCAGCAUGUGACCCUCAUAGUGUUUGGCAUUGGUAUGGUGAACCGAACCCACCUAGAAGCUGACAUUGGUGGGCUGACGAUGGAGGCUGAGCUGAAGAAGAUCCAUGGAAGUUUCACCCUGAAGGAGAAGAUGAAAGACAUCCUUCACCAGAAAAUGACAGAGACUUGUGCAUCAGCUCACAUAGGAGGAGUGAACAUCGUUCUGCUGGAGGGCAUAACCCCUGAUAUUCAACUGGAGGAUUUCCCAACAUCUCCCACCAGCACAGCUAAACAAGAGUUUCUAACGGUGGUGAAAUGCAACAUUGCCAAGUCCCAGGCUUUAUAUAGCGCCCAACGGGGGCUGAAGACCAAUAAUGCAGCUGUCUUCAAAGUGGGGGCCAUCAUGAUCAACAUCCCCCAGCACCCAGCCACUUUGCACAGUAUGAUGGUCCGCAGCUCCCAUCAGCUCUCCAAACAAAUCUCCGACCUCAUCCGUCAACCCUCCAAUGCUCAACCUCCGAACAGAGAAGACACCCCUACCCCACAGCCUUCUGACAAAGCCUCCAGCAUCAAUCAGACGCCUGUAGAAGCCAACGAGUUCCCUCAGCUUCCUGAAGGUCUGGAGAAAAAGCCCAUUGUCCUCAAGUUCAGCGCCAUGAUGGAUGGUAUCACCAUUGGAGCUGCCCUGCUGCCCUCGCUGAAAGCCGAGUACAAAAUGGGUCGGAUGAAGAGCCAUGGCAUGACAGGGGCCCAAACUAGUUUCACCUUUGAGCUGCCAAAUCACAAGCUCUGCUUCCAGUCAAAAGUGUCCCCAGUGGACAUGUCCACCAUGCCACCAUCAGCCAGCCUCACCUUGCCUCCAGUCACUAUGUCUGGUGAGUACAUCAUGGAGGAUCACGAGAGCCACUCGGACCAGGGCUGGGCACCUGAUGAUUUUCCAGCAAAGCAAGGGAACUACCUGCAAGGCAACUACCUCCGCUGUGUGGCUGAGAUUGGCUCCUUUGAACAUAAUCUGACCACAGAUCUGCUCAACCACCUGGUUUUUCUACAGAAAGUUUUCAUGAAGGAAGUCAAUGAGGUCAUUCAGAAGGUGUCAGGAGGAGAACAACCCAUCCCACUGUGGAACGAGCAUGACACCUCGACAGAUGCAGACAAGCCAAAAAUCCUGCUUUAUUCACUCAGCCUCAUGUUCAAGGGAAUCCAGAUGACAGCCACUACUCCAUCUAUGCGAGCCGUGCGCUUUGAGACAGGUUUGAUUGAGCUGGAGCUGUCCAACAGAAUCCAGUGCAAGGCUCAGCCUGGUGGCAGCAGCAGCUACCUGAAACUCUUUGGCAAAUGUCAAGUGGAUCUCAACCUGGCCCUUGGACAGAUAGUCAAGCACCAGGUCUAUGAAGAGGCUGGCUCAGACUUCCACCAGGUGGCAUACUUCAGAACCAGGAUUGGGCUGCGAAACGCUCUGCAAGAAGAGAUCAGCGGCUCUUCAGACAAGGAGGCUGUACUCAUCACACUCAACAGACCAAUAGUUUUUGCCCAGCCGGUGGCAUUUGACAGAGCUGUGCUAUUCUGGCUCAAUUACAAGGCAGCAUAUGACAACUGGAAUGAGCAGCGAAUGGCCCUCAACAAGGACAUCCACAUGGCCACCAAAGAGGUGGUGGAUAAGCUGCCUGGCAUCCAGCAGACCUCUGCUCAGGCCUUCAGCACCCUCUUCCUGCAGCUGACCGUCAAUGACCUGGGCAUCUGUCUGCCUAUCACCAACGCAUCUCAGAGAGGACAAGUACCAGUUACGGAGGGCACCAACUCUGAAGCUGGGGCCAGCACAUCAGUAGGCCAGCAUAAAAAUGCACGAAAAGCCAACCACAGUAUAGAUUUUGACACUGGCUCAGCUCUGGUCCUGACUAUUGAGAGCACAUUGAUCACUGCCUGCUCCUCGGAGUCACUGGUGAGCAAAGGCCACUUUAAAAAUUUCUGCAUCCGCUUCGCCGAGGGCUUUGAGACAUCCUGGGACGACUGGAAGCCCGAAAUAAGAGGGGACCUGGUUAUGAAUGCAUGUGUUGUCCCGGAUGGUACAUAUGAAGUAUGUUCCAGAACUACAGGGCAACCCUCUGCAGAGAGUAGCAGUGCAGGUACCUGGACCCUGAAUGUGCUUUGGAAAAUGUGUGGUAUUGACGUCCAUAUGGACCCCAACAUCGGGAAGCGCCUCAAUGCACUGGGCAAUACACUGACGUCACUGACAGGUGAAGAGGAUGUAGAUGACAUCGCCGACCUGAACUCUGUCAACAUGGCUGACCUUUCUGAUGAGGACGAAGCCGACACCAUGUCACCCACCAUCCACAUGAGUCCAGAGAGCCAGUUCAGCCCUCGGCUGACCUUAAGGAAGCGUCUGGUAAACCACAUCCUGGGCCUCAGCCCCAGGCCUCAGAGUGUAUCUGUCCCAGCUGACUACUUAAACUGUGCAUCGCCUCGCCUCCGAGCGGGCAGUGCCAGGGCCCAAAGACCUCUCUCCUGGGCCUGUGAGACCAUCGACCCCAGAAGGCAGAUGGUUUUGGGGAACCAGGUAGUUGAUGCCAGAGGACGGAAGUUUACGAAGAGGGUGGUGGACAUUCGAGAGCUAAACGAACAGGCUAAAGUCAUUGACGACCUCAAGAAACUGGGAGCCAGUGAAGGUACCAUCAACCAGGAGAUCCAGCGUUAUCAGCAGCUGGAGUCUGUAGCCGUUAAUGACAUCAGGAGAGACGUCAGAAAGAAACUACGUCGCUCUAGCAUGAGGGCGGCAUCUCUAAAGGAUAAAUGGGGUCUUGGCUACAAACCAAGCUACAACCGCUCAAAAAGCAUCUCAGCAGCUGCAGGCAGACCUCCUCUAAAACGGAUGGACAGACAGAGUUCCAGAAUAGGAGAUAUGGAUGAUUUACCAGAUAUCCGUGUAGAUGCAUCAUCCCCUGGACCACGGGUUACCUUUAACAUCCAGGACACGAUAAAUAAUCAGGCCUUGGAUUCUCCAAAUGCACCUGUCAGUCCAGGAGAGGUAUUCAAGUUUCCUGAGGAGACAGAGGUUGACCUGUUGUCAGUUACCAUCGAUGAGCCAUCCCAUUCUGAUCAUCUCCAUCCUCAUUCACCAUCCUCUGAGGGCCAGCACUCAGUUUUCAGUGCACCUGCCACCCCUGCUGUCUUUUCACCCACAAUUCCCUUCCAGCAUGAUGACAUGAGGCGUGAUGACCUGUCCUCUUCGUCGUCUGAAGACUCCGAAAAGGAGGAUGAGUUUGAAAGACUGCCUAGCUAUCGGAGGCCUUUCCAAGCAUCGCACAGAAAGUCAUCAGGCUUCUCUGCUGUGAGUCAGCUGUUUAGUGAGCGCUGGCCGAGUACGCCCACCAAUCGCAGCUUCAGUGGCCCAGCAACUGAGAGAAACAUAGACUUUGAGCUGGAUGUGCGUGUGGAGAUUGACAGCGGGAAGUGUGUUCUUCACCCCACAACUCAGCAGACGGAGCAUGAGGAUAUUUCCUUUAGGAGAAGCUGUGAGCGAAGUCUCAGGAGCCUGGACCAAGAGUCUCCCCCGAAGAAGAAGAAGCUGCAGCCCACCUACACCUCCACUACCCAUCUCCUCGCUGGCAAGAAAUGCCCCUCUUCCCUUCAGACCAAAUCCAAUGACAUGGAGACCACAGUCUUUUACAUUCCAGGAGUCGACGUUAAGUUGCACUACAACUCCAAGACCCUGAAGACGGAGUCACCCAACGCCUCACGCGGAUCCUCCCUCCCUCGCACUCUCUCCAAAGAAUCGAAGCUGUAUGGUAUGAAAGAUAACGGCCCUCCCAUCCCUACCAAUGCUGUCCAAAGCAAGACUAACUCGCUCCUUCCUCCCCCGCCCCCACCUAUUCCAUCAGCCAAAGGUAAGGGCAGUGGAGGAGUAAAGACGGCCAAGUUGUACGCAUGGGUGGCCCUCCAGACUCUGCCAGAGGAAAUGGUCAUCAGCCCCUGUCUGUUGGACUUCCUUGAAAAAGCCCUAGAGACCAUUCCUAUCACUCCUGUGGAGAGGAACUAUGCAGCUGUAGCUUCCCAAGAGGAGGAUAUGGGUCAGUUUGACACAGUUGAGCCUUUGGAGGAAUCCACCACCUCCUUGGUUUCCUCGUCUACAUCAGCCUACUCAUCCUUCCCUGUGGACGUGGUUGUCUACGUCAGAGUCCAGCCUUCUCAGAUCCGCUUUAGCUGUUUGCCAAUGUCCAGGGUGGAGUGUAUGCUCAAACUACCUUCAUUAGACUUGGUCUUCUCCUCCAACCGUGGAGAGCUAGAGACCCCCACAGGAGCCCACACCAAUGACGGAUCGCAUCCACCCUCCUCCACUCCACCUGGGCAGCACAUACCUAAACUACCACCCAGUAAAGCAUCUCCGUUGCUGGGGAGCCCUCUGGGCAGAAGCCGCCACAGCAGCAGCCAGUCGGACCUCAGCGGCCCCCCCAGUAACUCCUCAGGCCUCAGCUUCACUGCUUGCAUGUCUGACUUCUCCCUCUACGUCUUCCACCCCUACGGCGCUGGAAAACAAAAAUCUGCUGUCACAGGCUUGCCUCCAGGGCAGUUAGGUACAGUGGAUGAGGAGCCUUCUUCAGUAACAGGAAGAAAAGACUCUCUAAGUAUCAACCUGGAGUUUGUGAAGGUCAGCUUAUCCAGAAUGAGGCGCUCCGGAGGACCCACAUUCAUUGAGAGCUUCAUUCCAAGCAAAGGCGGCAAAAUGGACACAACACUCAUCAAUAUUUCAGCUGUGUGUGACAUAGGCUCAGCUUCCUUCAAGUACGACAUGAGACGGCUGAGUGAGAUCUUGGCAUUCCCGAGGGCCUGGUACCGCCGAAGUAUCGCCAGGCGCCUCUUUUUAGGAGACCAGACAAUCAACCUGCCAGCCUCUGGCCCCGCCACCCCAGACUCAGCUGAAAACGUCACUCAGCAUCUGUCCCCCGAGUCCAGCCGGAAAGCCUACUUCAGGACCUGGGACGGCAGCAUGGGGGCCCAGCACAUACCCCAGUCACCAAACGUGUUUUCAGAACACUCCACUGGAAGCAACAUGUCCCCUGGUGGCCUGGGUCACCUCAAGUCCCCUGCACCAGGUCGCACAAGGAGUGUGUCUGAUUCCUCCGCCCCAAGGAGAGAUUCGGUGUCAAAGACAUCCACUCCAUCCUUCAGUAAGAAUGGUAAAGCAGCAGGACAGCAGGGGGCACCAUGGGAGACUCUUGUGGUGUUCGCCAUCAACUUGAAACAGCUGACUGUCCAAAUGAACAUGAGCAACGUCAUGGGAAACAAUACCUGGACGACCAGCGGACUGAAGAGUCAGGGCCGGCUAUCUGUAGGCAGCAACCGGGACCGGGAGAUCAGCAUGUCUGUUGGCCUCGGCCGCUCCAAGCUCGACUCCAAGGGCGGAGUGGUGGGUGGCAAUAUAGACGUGAACACCCUAGAGAUGGUCUCUCACAUAUCCGAACACCCAAACCAGCAACCGAGCCAUAAAAUCCAGAUUACCAUGGGCUCAACAGAGGCUCGGGUGGACUACAUGGGCUCCAGCAUCUUAAUGGGAGUGUUCAGUAACGCUGAUCUCCAGCUUCAGGACGAAUGGAAGGUCAACCUGUGUACUGUUGACACCAGCCUGUCAGAGAAAAGUGAGAUUUUUGUCCAUGGAGACCUGCAGUGGGACAUUUUCCAGGUGAUCAUAUCUCGCUCCACCACACCAGACCUCAUCAAGAUCGGCAUGAAGCUGCAGGAGUUUUUCACUCAGCAGUUCGACACCAGCAAACGGGCUCUUUCCACUUGGGGCCCUGGACCCUACCUGCCUCCAAAAACCCCUGUCAUCAACAAUGAGAAAGGAGCUGCUGAGCUUUACAUGGACGCAGCUCAUCACCGCCACUGGCCAGGGGUGCUGAAGGUAAUCGCCGGCUGCCACAUCUCCCUCUUCCAGAUGCCUCUGCCUGAGGACGCCGUACAGCUGGGUGGCUCAAUGAGCCUCCACGGCAAUCACAUGACCCUGGCCUGCUUCCACGGACCCAACUUCCGCUCCAAAUUGUGGGCUUUGUUCCACCUGGAAGAGCCCAACAUCGCCUUCUGGACGGAGGCACAGAAGAUCUGGGAGGAUGGCUCCAAAGACGAUUCUACCUACAUUGUGCAGACUCUAGAUUUCCAUCUUGGUCAUAACACCAUGGUAACCAAACCUUGUGGAGCACUCGAAAGCCCCAUGGCCACGAUAACCAAAAUAACCCGCCGGCGCCAUGAAAAUCCUCCACACGGAGUCGCAACUGUCAAAGAAUGGUUUAACUAUGUCACUGCCAUGAGGAAUGAAGAGCUGAACUUGCUGAGAAACGUGGAAGCCAACAACCAAGAAAGUGGAGCCACUGCCAAAAGCUCUAGUCUACUGAGCAGCUUCCGCAGCUCCUCAAGCUACAACCACGAAACGGAGACCAUCUUUGCCCUUCCCAGAAUGCAGCUGGACUUCAAGUCAAUCCACGUCCAGGAUCCAGAUGAGCCUUCUCUAUCUGAUUCCAACAGUAAACCCAAGGUGGAGUGCAGCGUAGUGACAGAAUUCACCGACCACAUCUGUGUCACCAUGGACGCUGAGCUCAUCAUGUUCCUUCACGACCUGGUGUCGGCAUACCUGAAGGAAAAGGAGAAAGCCCUGUUCGCCCCGCGGAUGUUCGCAGCCCGACCAGGCCAGAAGAGCCCAACAACCUUACACGAUGAAAGCUCCACGGACAAGGACAAAGAUGACAGCAUCAACUACACCACGGUGGACUGGAGGGAAUUCAUGUGCAACACCUGGCACUUGGAGCCAACUCUCAGGCUCAUCUCCUGGACAGGCCGUAAGAUCGACCCGGUGGGUGUGGAUUACAUCCUGCAGAAACUAGGUUUCCACCACGCCAGGACGACCAUUCCCAAGUGGCUGCAGAGAGGUGUGAUGGACCCGUUGGACAAGGUUCUGUCUGUGCUCAUCAAGAAGCUGGGCACCGCCCUACAGGACGAGAAAGAAAAGAAGGGCAGAGACAAAGAGGAACACUAAGAAACCACUGAACGUCAAACCUGUGAUGAUUCUGUGAAGGUCGAAAACACUGGAGGACUGUAUUACAUCGGCCACUACUGUACAAUAUGUCACCAAACCCACUUUACCAACCUGUGAAUCUCAGCUUAGUUGUUUACUGUGGUGCAUGCCACUAGCAGCUCUGACUGAAGCGUUUUGCACCAAUGUUGUUAUCUGUAUAUUUGGAACAAAGUAGCAUAUUGUAGUAUUAUUCUUAUUAUUUGAUGGCUUUAAUGGUAAAACCAGCCUCUUUUACCUGUUGUAAAUGACCGUACUGAAAUCGCUUAAGGCUUACCAAUAUUUCAUGAGAAAUGAUUUCUUAAACCAUUGCCUUUUCUUUGUUUCCCAUGGAACACAUGGUAGAUAUGCUUUAUGUAUUGUAUAGCGUAGUUUUAAGAUAUUUAAGAACAGUUCGGUGACAGUGUUUUUAAUUUUUUUUUUUUUUUUGGGAGGGGGGUGUGUGAACAAAUGAUUACUGUACAGUUAACAGCACAUCAUCCACUGUGCCCUGCCAUGAGGAUGACAACAAUUUGUAAUUAUUAUUUCAACCAAGAUCAUUAUUUAUGGAGGUGAAAUGCAGCGUCUAUAACAUGUAUUAGCUUGGUGUGUCAAGCUUAUUUUUGUCUUUUUUUAAUCCAUGCAGUAGAACCAGUGUAUAUAAUGAAAUUUCCUAACUUAAUUAAACUAUUGCCAUUCAGUUUUA